AUGGUACCUAAUGGUUUGAGUAUGUUCGUCGAUUCGCAGAUGUCCUACGAGACCAGGCUACAAAAUUUCGGUCCGCUCACCUUUUGGUUCAUAGCGAUGGUGAAUUAUUCCUGCCUCCUGAUGCACGUUGACGAUAUACACAAUUGUGUGGAACACGUGAAAAUGGACUGGUUGAUCAUCAGGAGAUUCGAGGAUCAAAAAGUGAUGCUAAAGAGCGCCAAAUUAGGUCGAUUCAUCGCCGGUUUCUGCGCCGUGUUCAUGCACUGCGGUGUGUUCUCGUACAAUGUCGUCCAAGGUCUCUCCAAGAGUAUCCUGCACAUGGAAAAUAGCAGCAUAGUAGUUCGCGGAUUACCCUAUCCCUUCUACAACAAGAUUCUAAACGUGCACUUCAGUCCGGCAUACGAGUUCGUGUUUUUUCUACAGUGUCUUUCGUCUUUCGUCGUCAAUUGCGUUACGGUCGCAACAUGCGGCUUGACAGCGGUUUUCGUGAUGCAUGCGUGCGGCCAAAUGAAAAUCAUGAUAUCCUGGCUUAAAAAUUUCAUUGACGACAAAAAAGAGGAAAGGACUUCUCUAAGGCAAAGAUUUGCAAUCAUCGUGAAUCAUCAUUUAAGAAUCUUGAGGUCAUCUUCCUUUAUUGUUUCGUAUUCAAUCGAACGUUUCGACUCUUUUUGGAGUCAUCCUCAGCGACGAAAAGAAUAUAAUCCUCCAUUGAGAGAUUUUAUUGAUGGCAAUCAUCAAAGUAUCUUAUCACAUUCGAUGGUAUUAUCUUCGAUUACUUUUAAUAUUUUUAUAUUUUGUUACAUCGGGGAGAUACUUUCUGAACAGGGCGAACAGAUCGGUAAAUCUGCCUAUAUGACAAACUGGUACCUCUUGCCAGGAAAAACUGCCCAGGGGCUCAUUCUGAUAAUUUUAAGAUCCAACGCUGUCAUCAAGAUAACUGCCGGAAAAAUUGUUCAGCUCUCAUUUUCCACUUUCGGUGAUGUAAUUAAAUCUGCAUUAGCAUAUUUAAAUAUACUUCGGACUGUACUGCUUACGUAA